CCGUAGCUCGGUCUCGGGGUCCGGCUCCAGCCGACCCUUCUUCCUCAAUCCUCGCUACUCGGCGCCGGUGUCUCCUCCCCUUCUCCCUCCCCCCAAAACCCUACCUCCGGCCCUUCCUCCUCCAAAGGCAGGCGAAAAAUUCGCGCGGGCGAUCGGCGAAGGGAUGGCGGCGGCAGAGGGGGAGACGAGCCGGCUGUUCCGCGUCCGGCGGACGGUGAUGCAGAUGCUGCGGGACCGCGGGUACCUGGUGCUGGACGCCGACGUCGACCUGACCAUGGGCGAGUUCGUCGGGCGCUACGGCGACCCCGUGCGCCGCGAGGACCUCGUCAUCAACCGCGCCAAGAAGGACAACCCCGACGACCAGAUCUACGUCUUCUUCCCGAACGAGCCCAAGCCCGGCACGAAGGUGGUCACCAGCUACGCCGAGAAGAUGGCGCAGGAGAACGUCCCCAAUGGCAUACUCGUCGUGCAGCAGGCGCUGACCGCCUUUGCCCGCAACAAACUGGUCGAGACCUCUAAAUUCCGGCUGCAGGUCUUCCAGGAAGGGGAGCUUCUUAUAAACAUUAAGAAUCACGAUCUGGUUCCCGAGCACGUGCUCCUCACACAGGAGCAGAAGAAGACGCUGCUGGAGAAAUACACCGUGAAAGAAACUCAGCUGCCUCGCAUUCAACACUCGGAUCCAAUAGCAAGAUACUAUGGCAUGAGGCGUGGACAAGUCGUGAAGAUCACCAGGCCCAGUGAGACUGCUGGAAAAUAUGUGACAUAUCGAUAUGUUGUCUGAGCUCCACUACAUUCUUGAGGGCCAGAGAUGUUCUGCAAGCACUGCCAGUUAAAAUGCUUCCUCCAAUGCUAGCUCCUCAGUAGUAGACACUUGUUUUCUCGAGGAACGGAAGUACUUUCUGAACCGCCUUAGUGCUCUGUCUUUACAUCUGCUUGUCAAUUUGACAUGACACUGUUAGCUAGCAUCUAGACGUAGAUUUCAGUAGUUUUUCCUUUUCUUUUUCGACACAGCUAAAUAGCUCUUUGCUACCCGAAAUAGUCGGUCUAAUUUGCGGAGUUCAACUUAGUGCCCCUGUAUUUAUCUGAAUGGCAUGAGCAUGCCUUCUGGGACCGUUGUUUAUCUCACGAGCAAAGAAAAGCUGCAGCAUCGGGAACGUGGGAUAUCUGGAGUGCCGGUUUAUGCAUUAACAUAUAUCUGCUGAUGCAGUAAGACGAGAAUGGCAGCAGUGUGGUGAACCUGCAGCUAAUUUGCCUUACCGCCACUCGAGCUGAUCAACAAACCAUUUUUCUGUUAAUAGUGCAAUUGUAGAGAUAAAACAGCCAUAGGCAGAUUUUACAAAAAAAGAAGAAGAUAAAACAUGGGGACAAAAUCAAGCAGUUGGAUGUCUUUCUCUUUUUUGCAACAAUGAUCUUGUUUCUGAAACUCUUGUAACACAGAUUGUGUUGUGGAUUUUUUUGCAGCAUUGGUCGUGUUGUGGAAUUUAUUUUUUGCAACAUAUGUCGUGUUGCAGAUUUUUUUCACGUCUUCACUUUUUUUGUCCAACAAAGAUAUUGUUGCAGAAAAACUUUGCAACUGAGGUGAUGUUGCAGAUUUUUUUUCUUUGUCUUCACCUCUAUAUGGUGUUACGGAGAAACUUAUGCAACAUAACUGAUGUUGUAGAAAUCUUUCUUGCAACAUAGUAGAUGUUGCAAAACAAAAACACCACUAUAGUUCGGCGCGAGCCCGUCAAAGGUAGAGAGACAUGCGUGGUCCAGUAGGCCACGCGUCGAUCAAGGGAGGCGGACACCCGCGCUAGACCCGUUGGUUGAGCGAUAGCCUUUUCCGUAAAACAUUGAGAUUCUCAAACAUUUUCAUCUCGAAAGACCUAAUCCUAUUAACUUUAGAAAAUAUUUACACGAAGAUUUAAGAAAACCAGAAAACAAGCCUGCAAAUGCGAACAUUUUUUAAGCCACUUUGCAGUAGCUAGGCAGGCAGUGGAGGCAUUAAAACAGUGACAGUGUUGUAAGUAGGGAAAAUUUUGUUUUUGCCACUCUAGUUUUUGCCUAUUUUGCUUAUGCCACUCUAAAUUUUGACAUUUCAUUUUUGCCACUCUUAACUUUUGAAAAUGAUCACAAAUGCCAUUCUGUUACACUUUCGUGAGUUGACCGUUUGUUCUACCCAGUUGACCAGACAAAAAACUGACAGUAUUUGCAAAAUUGGCAUAAGUUGCCCCUACUUACUUGUGGGGCCACUUUGGAAGUGACCCACACCCUAACACACACACACACACACCCGUCCUAGCUACCCAAACCGCACCACAGACUCGGAUCCAACCACUCCGGCCGCGUCGCAACCUCCAGUCGUCGUCCCCGCGCACCACCGCAGCCAGCUACCUCCAGCCGGAUGCACGGCGCUCCGCCUCUGCCCACCGCCACCGCUACCGCUACCUCCAGUCGCCGUCCUCGCGCGCCACCGCAGCCAGCUACCUCCAGCCGGAUGCGCGGCGCUCCGACUCUGCCGAUUGCCGCGGCCCCUGCCGCAACUGCCGCCUGGUCACGCGCGAGGCCUGGCCGCCGCCUGCGCUCCUCGUGAAGGAUCCCGCCUGACGAGGCCUGCCUCCUCGCGCUCCUCCACUCUCCUCGUGCCCAAGCACCGGCAGCGGCCCACCUCCCCUUCCUCCUCUCGUCCUGGACGAGGACGCAAUCCCUGGUCACCCGGGAUCUGGGAGCCCAUGGCCCUGCGCGCCUCGCGCUGCCUCCAAUCAGCGCUCAUGGCGGCGCCCAAGUUUUCGUCCAUCUCCUGCUGCUCUUCUCCAUGAUGCGACGUACUCCGCUCCGUCCAUGGCGCUGCCUCCAAUCAGCGUUCCCCUCCGUCCUUGAUGCGGUAGCUCCACUCCCCGUCAUACAGGUUGCUAUUUGAUCUACAAAUGGUGCAUCCUUGAUGCAUAUGUGUUUUGAUUUGUGUGGAAAUUUGCUGAAUUGGAGAGACGGAGAUGCAUAUGUAUGUGUUGUGCCUUACGUGCCUGAUAUGUGUGUGAAAGUGGUGAAUCCGAGAUGUAUGAAUGGAUGCGUUCCUGCUUUA